GUAAAGCCUCCAUGUUGAAUUUUUCUCGGAGAAAUACGAGUAGGGAAAUUUUACACCCGAUCUCCGUAAAAAGGGAAAUUUUCUUAUAAACUGUAGUUCUUUACGGAAACACUGGUUGGAAGUAGGAUGGCAUCUUCUAUGGAUCUUACGAAUUUGUCGUAAGAGGACGCAGGACUUAUGUGAAACUGGAUUGGAUCUUAAAGCGUGGCUAAUCAAGGUACAAAGAGGAAAAUGAGCAGUUCAGAGGAGGUGUCGUGGAUAUCAUGGUUUUGUGGCCUUAGGGGCAACGAGUUCUUCUGCGAAGUGGAUGAAGAUUAUAUACAAGAUAAAUUUAAUUUGACAGGUCUUAAUGAACAAGUUCCACAUUACCGUCAUGCACUGGAUAUGAUAUUAGAUUUGGAACCAGAUGAUGAUGUUGAUGAUGCUAAUACCCAAUCAGAUUUAAUUGAACAAGCUGCAGAAAUGUUGUAUGGGCUUAUUCAUGCCAGGUACAUAUUAACAAAUCGUGGAAUAGGACAGAUGAUAGAAAAAUAUCAGUCGGGAGAUUUUGGUAAUUGCCCAAGAGUAUACUGCGAAUCACAACCUCUGCUGCCUAUAGGUUUAUCUGAUGUUCCCGGAGAGGCUAUGGUGAAAUCUUACUGCCCAAAAUGCAUGGAUGUGUACACACCAAAAUCAUCACGCCACCACCACACUGAUGGGGCUUAUUUUGGCACUGGCUUUCCUCAUAUGUUAUUUAUGGUUCACCCUGAAUACAGGCCAAAGCGACCAAGCAACCAAUUUAUUGCAAGGUUAUAUGGCUUUAAAAUCCAUCCUUUAGCUUACCAAAUUCAACAUCAGGCAUCAGCAGCAGCUAAUCUUAAGCCUCCUUUGCGAUUGACGUACAACAAUGGGGGGAAACGUUGACAAUGUUAGAUGGAUAAUGUGCCAGUCCUAAUCAAUAUGUCAUUCCUGAAUGUAGCUUCUUUUUGGCCUGUUAAACAAAAAACAUCGUAUGGCAAAACUAAAUUCUUGUAUUUAUUAAUUUAAAUUGCAGAUUAUUAACUCACAUUUUACAGGAUAUGUGUAUGUAUUUUAUUAAAAUAUCGUUAUAUUUAGUUGAUUGAAGGAGAAAUAAAAACUAGAGGUUUGUUUAUGGGGGGGAGGCAGAUUUUUGUUAUAACUAGGUAGUAUGACAAGAUUUCUCAAAAUUAUUUUUAAGAAACUUCCCAACUAAAAAAAAAUUUCAUUCAUAUUUUUAAAAAAAGUACAAUCUGAAUAAAUUAUUAGAUGAUGUAGGACGUUAUGAAGGAGUAGAGUUGCAAGCCUUCCCUCAUCAGCAUUAAUUAUUUCAAGAAAAAGAACCUUUUUUUAAUCCUUAGAAAUAUAAUAUGACAGUUUCAGUGUUUUAAAAUUAUAUGAUUUUUAUCUUUACUAUUGCCUUGCAUCUAAACGAUCAGUCAUACAAUCAAUUUUGAUGCAAUUUAAUUUUAGGGGAAAGUACUGAUUGAGGUGAAAUUUAAUUUAUACUUUUAUAAGUGUUUUGUUUUAAAUCAACAAAAUAUCACUUUCAUUUGUACAGUAUAAUAAAUAAAACAAUAGAAG